AUGUCGCACUGGGCGGCCGCUCAGCAGAUGCACCUCCCCAUCCUUUCGCCAUGUGCAGAGUCCUGUUAUGAGACUUGGGAUCACAUUCUGCACCCUCGUAGUCCGGUCCCCGAACCGAAGGGUGGUGGAGGACAUGGCGGAGGACACAGUGGCGGGGGGCACGUUGGGGGCACCCACAGCAGCAAGGGCUCAACGUCUAGCUCCAAGGGCUCGACGUCAAGUGGCAACAAGGGUUCGACAUCAAGUAGCAACAAAGGAUCGACCACGGGCAGCAGUGGCUCAGGUUCAUCCAAGUCCUCGCAUCCGGUGGGCAGCCGUGGUUCUUCCGUGCCCGUGUCUGGGACCACAUUCGGGAGUGGCAAGACGACCUCUACGGCAUAUGGUUCCGGGGGCGUAAAGAUAACCACGAUCCCCCAAGGUCAGCCUUUUGCGGGACGGACGUACGGCGGCGCCACACGCAGCCAAAUCUAUGGCACGUCGUGGUACGGCAGCGGCUAUCCCGGCGUGACUGGCUACGGCGUUUCGGGUCGCAAUUUUCCAUACGUGUACACGCCUGUCGUUUGGGUCGAUUACGGCUACGGACCUCAUUACUUGCAUUC